AUGAUCUACAAAAGAUACUGCUUUGGCCCACAAACGCCAGUUGUAUCCAACGCGGUUACCAAAAUGAACGCCCUACUCGUUCUCGCGGUUCUAGUGACCGUUAUUAUUUAUUUAUUGUACGUACUUACAACCCGAAAGUUUGACUAUUGGAAAAAGAGAAAUGUGCCGUACCACAAACCUUGGCCACUUUUGGGUAACUAUGCAAAGUAUAUUCUGCAAUUAGAAUACCCGGGACAUACGAUACAGAAACUUUGUCAUAAAUUCAAGGAUCAACCAUAUUUCGGAACUUACUAUGGCACAGAACCUGCACUUGUGAUCACAAGUCCUGAUGUUCUCAAACAAGUUCUGACGAAGGACUUUUACUACGUGAACGGAAGGGAGUCGUCAGACUACUGCGGAAGAGAAGUUACGACACACAACGUGUUCUUCAAUGCAGGAGACAAAUGGAAGAUUGUGCGACAGAACCUGACUCCACUCUUCACGUCUGCAAAGAUGAGGAACAUGUUCCACUUGAUAGAAAAGUGCACUCACGUGUUCGAAGACAUGAUUGACUACGAAACUGGUAUGUCCAAAACAAUUGAAGCAAGGCGAUUCAGUGCUAGAUUUACCAUGGACUGCAUAUGUUCUUGUGCCUUCGGAGUGGAAGCAAACACCAUGGCACCGAUCCACGGAGACGACACCAACCCCUUCAGAUUCAUGGGCAAUCAAAUAUUUGAGAUUUCCUACGCAAGGGGAUUCAAAAUUGUCUUCAAAGCUAUCUGGCCAUCUAUUUUCUACGGUCUGGGAUACCAACUUUUCCCGCCAGCAGUAGACCAAUUCUUUGGCAAACUAUUGAAAGGAGUGUUAGAAAGUCGCAACUACGAGCCAUCGAGUAGGAACGAUUUUAUUGACUUGAUUCUGGGUUUUAAGAAACAGGAUGUCAUAACUGGUGAUAGUAUAACCAGCAUGAAGACUGGUGAGAGCAAGAAAAUCACAAUGAAGGUUGACGAUGAAUUAUUAUUGUCUCAGUGCAUUAUGUUCUUUGCUGCGGGUUACGAAACAUCCGCGGGUACAACGAGCUACACUUUAUAUGAACUGGCAAAAAAUCCUGAAGCUCAGAAGCGAGCUGCUGAUGAAGUUGACGCUUUCCUUCGUCGUCAUAACAACAAAAUUAACUACGAUAUUGUGCACGAAUUGCCUUUCCUUGAAGCUUGUGUUUACGAAGUUCUUCGCAUGUACCCGGUCCUAGGCAACUUGACACGUGAAGUGAUGGACAAUUACGUGUUACCUUCAGGGGUACAGCUGGACAAAGGAGUGAGGAUCCACGUGCCAGUAUACCACCUUCAUCACAAUCCGGAGUACUUCCCAGACCCAUUCUCGUUCCAACCUGAGAGGUUCUUACCAGAGAAUAAGGAUAAAAUCAAGCCAAACACAUUCUUCCCCUUCGGUGCGGGCCCUAGGUUAUGUCUAGGACUGAGGUUCGCGAAAAUGCAAGUGAUCGCGGGUCUCGUCACCGUCCUGAAGAAAUACAGGAUGGAGCUAUCAGACACCAUGCCCAGAAACUUGAUCUUCGAUGCCAGGACCUUACUCACGCAGCCCAAAGACCAGGGUAUUGAUCUUAGGUUCAUUGAAAGAGAAGGAUGGGAAAGUAGAAAAUAUGUACGAGCGUGAACUAAGAAGACAGCCGAUGAAUAGCUAAAUUAUUUUGUUAAAAGACUCGAGUGUGAUUUACGGUGGUUUCUAUAAUUUAUCCAUCCCUUAAUUUGCGAUUAGAGAUUGAAUUUUAACGUAAGCUCCACAUGGCUCCAUCAUAUAAAUUAUGUCUAUCUCUCGCAAAACAACGGAUCGAUACAUUAUAGAAAUCUGUUGCUUUUAAGGGACUUAGCACGAACCUUUUGAUGUAAACAGCUUUCUGUGAGUUACCGAUUUUAUAAUGGCUCAUUUCUUCCUGCCAAGAUUACACAUUCUAUAUUGCAAGGUUAGUGCUAAGUUCAUGAAUUGACGGUUAUCGACAAGCCCAAUGAAAAUUGUCUGAUUCCUUACUUAAUUUUUAAUAAAUGAUUGAUUUACUAGCAAA